CGAGAUUGAUGUAAAGAAUGUGAACAUGCCCACAUUUUCACGGUCUCCUUAUCAGCAAUUUAUCGUGAGUUUUUAUCAGUCAAGACCAUAAAUAACUGCUGUGGCAGCAUAGUGGAUCCCUACUAAAUUGUAUCUGUGGGCCCGCAAAAUUAACCUUCGUGUAAAGAUGGAAAAAAACUGAGGAUAAUUGAACGAAAGUUACAUUAGCUGAAAUUUGAUACUGGAAGAUUGUUAUGUCACUAGGAUAGAUAGAUAUUUGGAUUUCGCGAGCAGUUUCUGUUAGUAAGUGAUCAAUCCGAAAGUAUGGCUGUUUUCAAAUCAAUCCACAAUGCUUACAAGGCUAUAUUGACAAAUCAUCCUCUAAAGACUCAAGCAGUUCAAGCAAGUGCUCUUAUGGGAUUUGGAGACCUCAUUUCUCAAGCAGUCAUAGAAAAGAAGCCGUGUGACAUAGAGCGGACCGUUCGCUAUGGGAGUGUUGGACUGUUUAUUGGACCAACUCUUCAAACUUGGUUUGGACUUUUAGAAAAACGGAUUGGAAGAGGAGGAUUCAAGAAAUUGGUUAUCAAGGUAUCCAUAGACCAGUGUUGUUUUGCUCCUUGUUUUCUAGCCAUAGUAGUAUCUCUUGUGAAUACUGCUCAGGGGAAGUCAUUGGAGGAGACCAAAAAUAAAUUGAAGACAAAUUAUUUUGACAUCUUGAUGGCUAAUUAUAUGCUGUGGCCAUGGGUUCAACUCACAAACUUUUCCAUUGUGCCUUUAGCCUACCGAGUACCUGUUGUUCAGAUGGUAGCAGUCUCUUGGAACAUGUACUUGUCUUGGAAACUCAAUGCAGAUAAACCUAGUUCUUCUAAUGAGCCUCCAGUCAUCCUACCUGACUAGAUACAGCAAAAGUAUAUUUGCUAUUAUUGUUCCUUAAAAGAUGAUUUUAAUCUUUUCCCCCUUUAAGCACUUGAGCCUUUUUUUUACUUUUUAGAUUAUAAGUUAUUUUAUUAGCUGUUUGAAUGAUACAUUGAUUAUAGGUUUAAUUUUUUGAAUUGAAA